GGACUUAUCGCGUACGAUUUUCGACCCGGAAUGGCACAGAAUAUAAAUCCAUUUUAUUCGUCUCAAAACGCACCGAGCAAAGCUGCUGAAGAAAAGCAGAAUGUACCGAAAGACAACCAUGCAGUUAGUAAACGGUUGCAGAAGGAACUCAUGGUUUUAAUGAUGAGUACGGAAAAAGGUGUUUCUGCUUUCCCCGAUGGGGAAAAUUUGUUCAAGUGGAUCGGAACUAUCACAGGACCAAGGGAUACGGUUUAUGCUGGUCUUACUUAUAAAUUGACUUUGGAAUUUCCUCAUAGUUACCCAUAUAGCGCACCGGUUGUACGCUUUGCUACUCCUUGUUUCCAUCCAAAUGUAGAUGCAGUGGGUAAUAUUUGUUUGGAUAUAUUAAAAGAUAAAUGGAGUGCUCUAUACGAUGUUCGUACUAUACUACUAUCUAUACAAUCUCUUCUUAGUGAACCUAACAAUGAAAGCCCUCUUAAUCUUCAAGCAGCAAAUCUAUGGAGCGAUCAAACAAAGUAUAAGAAACAUUUAACGGAAGAAUAUCACAGAGCUUUGAAUCGUGAUCAACAAGAUUCUUGAUAAGUCCAUUUUUCUAAUCAUCUCAGCUGAUUCAUUAUUUUUAUUUCCGUCAAUGUUACAAUUAGAUAUAAGGCAUAUAAAAACUUGCUGCACCAAACUUAUGAAUGUCAUUAGAAAAAAAUUCAAUCUUGUAUUUUCUGGUUUUGAUUUCUCAUCUAUACGUUGUAUUACGCGAGGAAAAAAAAAAAAAGUCAUUUUUACAUCGAUAUCAUUGCUAA